AUGAAAAGGAAACUCGACGCCAGCGACAACUCGUUUAUCAACAACAGCGAUUAUGAGUCGGAUAAAGCCGCAAGCGAGCAUGAAGACGAGGCUCCUUCGAAAAGUGAGGACGCGGAAGGAGAGGAACAUGAAGGCAAUGAAGGACCAACAAAUAUGCUAGACCCCGGUAAAGUGGAAAUUGAUGCGCCACUCGCAGAACAUGUUGAGGGUGCAGAAACUGCUGAAGCUAGCCACGGAACGCCAAUGCCAGAGCCACUGCCGUCGGUGGUCAACCACCCGCUGCAAACCACGUGCGCCACUCCCACAAAGCCUCGACUAGUCAUUGAUCGGUUGGCCUUGACCAACUUCAAGUCGUACGCCGGUCGACAGCUCAUCGGGCCCUUCCACUCCUCAUUCUCGUCAGUGGUUGGCCCCAACGGCAGUGGCAAGUCCAACGUCAUUGACGCGAUGCUAUUUGUGUUUGGAUUCAAAGCCAGCAAAAUGAGACAGGGAAAAAUAUCCGAGUUGAUACACAACUCGGGCACCAGUCGGCCGGAGUAUUGCCAGGUCGAUAUACACUUUAAGAUGGUCUAUGGCGACCCCAUCCUUCAAGGAGCUGGUAAUGUACCAGACUCAAGCUUGGUCGUCUCCAGAAAAGCGUUCCAGAACAACCAGUCGGCGUACUAUAUCAACGACAAGAAGAGCACAUACACCGAGGUGACCUCAUUGUUGAAAAAACAAGGCAUUGACUUGGAGCACAAGCGGUUUUUGAUUCUUCAAGGCGAGGUCGAGUCCAUAGCGCAAAUGAAGGCAAAGGCCGAGAAGGAGGGCGAAGACGGCCUACUUGAGUAUUUGGAAGACAUUAUUGGAACGACCAAGUACAAGCAGUUGAUUGAAGAUACAACCACUGAGAUUGAAGAGCUCAACACUAUAUGCCAGGAAAAGUCAGAUCGGUUGGAGUUUGUGGAAAAGGACAAAAGUUUGUUGGAGGAGAAAAAGGCUGAAGCUUUAAAGUUUUUGGACCUCGAGCGGAAAUUGAACCACUUGAUGGGGCUCCAGUUCCGUUGCAACGCACAGCGGUACAGACUGCAGAUGCAAGAGGAGGAGCAAGAAGCAAGCGAGUUGAGGGGAAAGUUGCAGGAGAGAACAGAAGCAGUCGCGGAGGUCACUAAACAGAUCACCACCGAGAAGGAAAAGCAGCUGCAAACCACCAAGGAGCUAAAGCGAUUGACCACUGAGAUGGAUCGUUUGAGCAAACAACGCAAGGACUUGAACAAGCAAAACGUUGCUUUUGAAGAAAAGUCAAAAAACAUGGACGCCAAGAUCAGGAAAGCAAACAAAUCCGUGGCGUCGCUGACUGCAUCUUUAAACAAGGCAAAGCAGAGCUUAUCCACUUAUGCCAACUCCUCUGCACAGUACAAAACCGAGAUUGAGACGCUAACUUUGAAAUUACUGGCACAGGAGGACAAGAUGGCCGAGAUGAGGGCAAAGCUAACAGCGAGGACCUCCGUGUUUACGCAGGAGAUUGAAACCUUGCAGACACGGUUGGAGCCGUGGACGUCCAAAAUCAAGGAGAAUGAAAGCAAAGCCCAGUUGGUUGCAACAGAGAUCAACAUGCUCGAGAGCCAAAUGAAUAGUAAACGGACCCAGCUAGAGCAAAGCAAGCGACGGCUCAGAGAUAUCAAAGCAGAGGGUAAAUCCAAGGAAGCAGAGUAUCAACAGAAGGAGCGAGACUUGGAAAAGAUUACCGAGCAGUGGGCUCUCGGCGAGGAGCAGACCAGUUUGUUAAAAGCCGGGUUGGACAAGUUGAAGCUGCAAAUCUCCAAGAACAAAAACAAGCUCCAUGACUCGCUUGCUAUUUUGCAAUCCAAGGAAAACAAAAACAGCGUGCUAGCAUCUCUAAGCAAAUUGGCAAAGUCCGGCAGGGUUGAAGGUUUCCACGGACGACUAGGCGACCUUGGCCGCAUUGACGCAAAAUAUGAUGUCGCAAUCUCAACAGCGGUCCCAGGUUUGGACAGCAUGGUUGUCGAUUCCGUUGAAACCGCCCAGGCCUGCAUCGAGUACUUGCGAAAAAACCGACUUGGAUAUGCUAGCUUUAUAUGUCUCUCCAAGUUGAGCAAGUUUGACUUGUCCCCGAUAAACACGCCUGGCGACCCAUCCAAGGUCAAGCGGCUCUUUGACCUCGUUGACCCACUUGAUUCGAAAUUUGCACCGGCAUUCUUUAGCAAGAUGUUCCACACGUUGGUCGCGCCCGACUUGAAAGAGGCCAAGGCCGUCGCCUACGGUGCUAAACGGUGGAAGGUGGCCACCUUGGAUGGGCAAGUGAUUGACACUUUUGGCACAAUGUCAGGCGGUGGCAACUAUAUUCAAAAGGGGGCCAUGAAGUUGACGUCCUCGCGCAGUGAGGAUACCAACGAGGUUGAGGAACUGGACUUGGAGCUGUUGCGGGGGCGGAUAUCGGAGUUGGAGAGCAAGUACGAUGACACGAGCAAGCAGUAUAACGAGAGCGUGGCCGCGCUAAAGCAGGUGAAAAAGCUCGAGCCGGAAACACGGCGGGCGCUUGAAAAGUUAAAGUUGGACAUUGCCGGGCUUGCAUCAGAGAUGAAAGAGAUUGCUCAGUUGAGGAGAACCUUGUCCAUAGAGCAAGAGGAGAUGGACGCCACGAACCCCUUUGAAGCGCAGAUUACGGACAAGCGCGAGCAGCUAGCCGUGUUGCACCGGGAGAAAUCCAUAUUGCAAUCUGAAAUGGCCGAGUCGGAAACGCGCAUUUCGGAGCUAGAGCGGAAGAUCAUGGAGGCGGGAGGUGUCGAUUUAAAAGUGCAAAGCUCCACGGUUGAUAGUAUAAAGAAGCAGAUUUCUAUAACCAACGACAAGACCAGUGGGGACAGAAUUGCGGUGAAGAAGUUGGAAAGCGAUAUUGAACGGCACACGCGAAACAUUGACGAAGAAACGCGGGUCUUGGCAGAGUUGGAAGCGGCGGUCAAGGAGUUGAAAGAGUCACAAGCCGUGGUGGUGGAACAGAUGCAGUCUUUGGAAGUGCAAAUGGAGGUGUUGAAUCAGCAAAAGCAAGAAAAGGAUGAGCAGCUUGAAGUAGCGCGUUUGGAGAUUGAGGAGAAACAGGCCGAGAUUGCUGACUUUGAACAGUUUAAGGUUGAGAUAAAGAACCAAUUGGAGAAAGUAGAGGGACAUUUGGAAAAGAUGCGGCGUUUGGUCGCCCAGAACGAGCAAGCUCUAGACUCGAUACCGGUGCGGGACCUCACUCCCUAUAUUUACUGGCUUCCGGACCACGAGCAGUCCACAUAUACCACGCCACUAUUAGAUAACGAGUCUGACGACGACAUCGACAUUGACGCUGUCAACUCCGAAGUGGAAGAGAUUGAAAAGUACAUGUCGACUGUGCGUGUGGAUGUCGAGAUCUUGAGGGAGUACGGGACCAAACUCGCAGAGUGCAAGGAGAGAAAAGACGAUUUAAACAAAGCCAUUGGCGAUCGAGACGAGAAGCGCGACUACUGCGAGGAUAUGAAGAGAAAGAGACUCGACGAGUUCAUGCAAGGAUUCAGCGACAUCUCCUCGACACUAAAGGACAUGUACCGGAUGAUCACCAUGGGAGGCAACGCCGAGUUGGAGUUGGUGGACAGCUUGGACCCCUUUUCCGAGGGCAUCUUGUUCAGCGUGAUGCCGCCGAAAAAGUCGUGGAAAAACAUUUCCAACUUGUCUGGCGGCGAAAAGACGUUGAGCCUGUUGGCAUUGGUGUUUGCUUUGCACAAAUACAAACCCACGCCGCUUUAUGUGAUGGAUGAGAUCGACGCCGCAUUGGACUUUCGCAACGUGUCUAUUGUGGCAAACUAUAUAAAGGAGAGGACCAAAAACGCCCAGUUUAUCGUCAUUUCCUUACGGAACAAUAUGUUUGAGUUGGCGCAAAAGUUGGUGGGGAUCUACAAAAUCGACAACAAGACCAAAAGUGUGCCAAUCAUGAACAUCGAACUAGCCGAAAUGUAA